UUUUUUAUUCGUGAUUAUUACUGAAGUGUUAAUCUUCUCAAUAAGAAGUAAGUUAUAGUGCUUGCAUAUUAAUUCUCGGUGGCUCUGUAAGUUAGUCACAGCUUGGGAACCAUAGUUGUUCUAACGUUGUUUCCCUGCUGAGAGGGUUACUAUUACUUUCUGUUGUACUCUGCAUGCUUGUAUAGGUAGUGCAACAUGGCAAUGCUGUGGCGGAGAGUAUUUUCUACGACUGUCAAAGCUGCGGAGGAUAAAUUGACUGCUGGUAACGGUGUGGUAAGCAGUGCUACAGAAGUUGUCGGAAAGAAUCGAUGGCAGCGAAUUAGAGACAGCAAAAUGGGCAUGUGGUUCAGGAGUCUUUUGCAUGAUUACACAGAGGCAUGCCGGGACAUUGCUACCGGAGCAAAAGAACGUCCAGGGAAAGCUGCUGUUUAUAUUUCUUUACUUGCAGGUGCUGCUGUGUGCAGUCACAAAACUCCGUCUGAAGCAUCCUUUGAAGAGACUUUACUGGAGGCCUCUAAUGUGCUGCUGCUUUUGUCUCCUUGGAUACGGAAUGGCCAGUCAGAUAGUCAUGUCCAGCUCAUGAUGAAACUGAGAAAUCAAGGAAGACUGAAACACCAAGGCCUGGUGUUCUUCUCUUUAAUGUAUGAAGCCUCCUAUGAUACUGACUGCAAUAUCUACAAAGCACAGUGUCCCUAUUUAAAGCCUCGUUUGUUAAAUUUUCCCAGCAGGGUUUUGGAUGUAGGAUUUUUGGGGCACUGGUGGAUCUUUAAUUUCAAAAUGAGACACUUUGAUAUCAAUGAGGAGGAAUUUAAUCAUUUGCCUCCCCACCUCAACAAAAUCUCCCCAGAAGACCUUCAUUCAGUCAAAAAUGAACGACUGUAUGAUGAGAAGUAUAAACCAGUGUCCCUUACUAAAGAACAGCUUUAGGGGACCUCCAAAGUGGAGGCACAGACAGCAGGCCAUGCAAAAUCAGAACUUGUUUUUUUUUUAAUUACUGACUCAGAUCAGGUUUUGCAGUAAUUUUGAAGUGCUGAUUGAUGGUGUUCCUAUGACAUGACUGUAUUAAUUUCAGUAUACGGUGUAGUGCAAUCUAGUCAGAAUAGAAUGUGUUGUAUCUCAGUUCGUGAUCAUUGUGAUUCAGAAUUUCAUGAAGAAUCAGUUGGAUAGGUGAAGUAAAGAAUAUGGAUAUGCUAGCUCAUUUCCAUGUCAAGAGGAGGGUAUGUUCAUGUUGCAUUGUUUUCUGUUGUGAUUAAAUGCACUGUAUGAGAGUUUGAAAUA